AUGGCAGACCACAAGUGGGAAGUGGGAACAUAUUUCCUUGACAAGGAACACUUCAGAGAUGUUGUUAGGACGUAUGCAAUUCAUAGUGGAAGAAAUAUAAGAUUUGUUAAGAAUGAUAAGCGUAGAAUUAGGGUGAGAUGUGUGGGGGCCCAAGGAAAUUGCCCCUGGUUAGCUUAUUGUGCUUUGUUGACUUCCCAUCAUAACUGGCAAUUAAGGAAAGUUGUUGAUGUUCACACUUGCAGUAGGGAAUUUACCAUUGAUAUAAUCAAUUCUAAGUGGUUGAGUGGGACUUUGGAGACAGACCUGAGAGAAAAUCCAAGUAUAAAAAUCAAUGAAAUACGUAACAAGGCUGUAAGAAAAUGGAAUACUAGAGUGUCUUGGUCUAUGGCUCGCAGGGCAAGAGCAAUGGCAGCAGACCAAGUCCAAGGUUCAUUUAAAGAACAGUUUAGGAGAAUUUAUGACUAUGCAAAUGAGUUGCUGAAAUCCAAUCCUGGGUCUACAAUCAAACUGAAAGUGGAAGACGUGGAGGGACAAGCCACAUUCAAUAGAUUCUACACUUGUUUAAAAGCGUGUAAAGAUAGUUUUGUGUCGUGUAGACCAAUAAUUGGGUUGGAUGGUUGUUCUUUGAAAGGACGAUAUGGGGGUGAAUUAUUAACGGCUGUUGGUCGAGAUGGUAAUGACCAGAUGCUGCCACUAUGCUAUGCGCUUGUUGAAGUAGAAAAUAAAGAAACAUGGACUUGGUUUAUGGAGUUAUUGAUUGAAGACUUAGGUGGGCCAGAAGUAUGUCAGUCCAUCACUUUCAUGUCAGACCAACAAAAGGGACUUAUGCUUGCUAUACAGGAGAUGUUACCUGGAGCAGAACAAAGAUUCUGCAUGCGCCAUUUGUACGCCAUUUUUAGGAAAAAAUUUGGUGGGAAGAAAUUGAAGAAUUUAAUGUGGCGGGCUGCUGUGAGUACAUAUCCCCAAGCUUGGGAAAGAGAAAUGAAAAAUAUCAAAGAAGCCAAUCUUGAGGCUUACAAAUACCUCAUAGCCAUUCCACCAAGAUUUUGGUCCAGAUCUAGGUUCACAAGUCAAGCCAUCUGUGACACUCUAGUAAACAACAUGAGUGAAGCCUUCAACAGUGUCAUAAUUGAUGCAAGGACUAAACCAAUUGUAUCAAUGCUAGAGGACAUCAGAAUUUAUUUGAUGAAGAGGUGGGCCAAAAACCGGAAGAAGGUGAAAGCUUUUAAAGUUGGUCAGGAGAAAAGAUUUUUGAAGUCAAGCACAUUUCACUUAUUGGAGAGAAGUACAAAGUCAACAUUGACACACCAAUGCACGUGCAGGAAAUGGAUGCUCAGUGGUAUUCCUUGUUGCCAUGCACUUGCUGCAAUGAGGUUUUUAAAUUUAAAUGCAGAGGAGUUCAUACCACACUGGUUCAGAAUUUGCACUUAUGAAGAAACAUACCACUCCAUAAUCUAUCCAGUGAAUGGACAGCUGCUGUGGGAGAGGACUUCCUACAAUGAUGUCCAACCCCCCCUCAAAAGGAGAUUACCUGGGAGGCCAAAGAAAAAGAGGAGAUUGGAAUAG